AUGACUCCGCAGGAUGCUCUCAACCAUCCCCGUCCCCACCCUCAUACUCAAUCUCUAUCCGCAUUCACCGCCGUCUCGCAAUACCCCUACGCCGUCCCCUCGGACUCGGAGCCGCAACCCGUGUCCGAGGUCGUCAACGCCGCCGUAAUCAAUCGCGACCCAUUACCACCCAGCACCGCAAACUCCAGGACUACGGAAACAGAACCAGAAACAGACGAAGAAACAGAAACCCUCCGCGUACGCCCGCGGCGCCCCAACUCCUCCGAAGACUUCGUCACCAACGGCUAUGGCUACGGACAGGGCCGUCGCGGCAGCGGUCGCCGUCGCUGGAUGAUCAUGACAGCUGAAGGCGGGCGCGGGAGCGAAGUCGAGAUCGAGUCCCCUUUUGGAGAUGUCAGAUCUGUUUCGCCGGUGGGGAUACUUAGGGAGGAGGAUAGGGGCGCGGAGGGAGAUGAGUUUAUGGCAUCGUAUCCGGAUCUGUUCGAUCCGGUCGAUCCGCGGGGUAGGAGGGGCUAUGGGUAUGAAUAUGAUGAUGGGGAUGGUUCUCCGGGGAUUGAUCUUUUUGGGCCAAGGGCUGCGGGGGCAGGGAUGCGUGGGUUUGAUGAUGAGGGGGUUGGGUUGACGCGGAUGGCGCAGAUGUUUGAUGAGGAUGAUUUUGGAGAAGAGACGGAAGGAAGGGGAGGGAGUGAGAUGGGUUCACAGUACAGUAUGGAUCUUCUGGGCCAGGAGGCGGCUGAUGAGGAUGGGCUUGAAGAGAAUGAGGAUGAGGAUGACGGCCAGGGCGGGGAGGAGAUUGUUAUUGGUGGUGGUGGAAUGGGAAUGCUGAAUGUCGGCGCGCACAAUUUGGCGACUUUUGAUGAUGAGUUUCCGGUGACUACGUACGAGCGGAAUUUCACUAUUGACCAGUUCGUCCAACAAUGGGUUUGCCAGUCACACGCACAAAUCGGAAGCGACCAACUCUUCAUUGCACCACAACGCAGCUCAAUCCUGCUUAGCGCAAAUCGCCCAGAAAAAGUCGUCCGUCCUGCCGGCGGUAACCGGAUGGACUUUUUCGACCUCCAGCAGAUCCCCUGGUGGGAAACGUUGAGGGCUAAGCGCGCAGACGCACGCACGCAGCGCGAUCUGUGGUAUCGGCCGUACAUGAACUUGCAGCACACACCGCAUGAAACGGCUAAGAGACUACGGCCGAAUGAAUUCUACUUUCGCGAAAAGGCUAUGUACAGCAAGCACCGGGCGUCGAUUGAGCAUUUCCAACUGCGCAAUUUGAUGUCCGUCCCGGCGUACAACACCGUGCAUUUUGCUAGCGAAUGGCGGCUAUAUUCUUGGGUGCCGGCAUACGACGAUCUAACCUGCCUGAUGGAUCUAUCACGCCCGACAACAUGGGAAAACAGCGUCUUUCACAGCCCCGUCAAGAUCUCCACAAUGAAAACCGCCCACGGCGUCUCAAUCGUAGGCGGUUUUGCCGGCGAAUACGCCAUCCGCGCAGAAGGCGACAACACCCCUACAACCCUCAUCCCCGGCACAACAAGCCCAGCAUCCACUCCCAGCAUCCACGGCUUCGUUACCCGCGAUCCCAACGGCAUAACCAACCACAUCGACAUAAUCCCGCACCGUACUUCCCGCAACCCAAUGGGCAUUUUCGCCUCCAACGACAACCACCUCCGCACCCUCGACAUCGAAACCGACACCUUCAUGUCCGACUACGAUCUCUCCCGCGCCGUAAACUGCACCUCCACGUCACCAGAUGGCCGUCUCCGCGUGGUAGUAGGUGACUCCCCAGAUGCCCUCGUCAUCGAAGCAGACACCGGCCGCCCCGUCCAGCCCCUCCGCGGCCACCGCGACUUCGGCUUCGCCUGCGCCUGGUCUCCCGAUAUGCUACACGUCGCGACAGGCAACCAAGACAAAACGACCAUAAUUUGGGACGCGCGCAUGUGGAAACCCAUCACCAUGCUUUCCUCUGAUAUCUCCGGCUACCGGUCCCUACAUUAUUCCCCUGUCGGCGGCGGCCCGCGUACACUACUGAUGACCGAACCCGCAGACCGGAUUGCUAUCGUGGACGCGCAGACGUACACCUCUCGGCAGGUGCAUGAUUUCUUCGGCGAGAUUGCCGGCGCGGAUUUCAGUCCCGAUGGCGAUGAGAUCUGGGUUGCAAAUUCUGAUGAUGUGUACGGUGGCUUUAUGGAGUUUGAGAGACGGGUUUGGGGGAAGAGGGCUGAGGCUGGGGAGAGGGAGGGAGAGUUGGGGGAUGAUGGAAGGUGUGUCGUUGGUAGUGCGAGGGAGAGGGGAAUGAGGUUUCUGGGCGGUUUGAGUUGGGAGGAGUAUGAGAUGUUGUUACUUUAA